CCGUAGUGACGUCGGCGCUUUGUGACCCGGAAGUGGCAGAGAAGCUCGGGCUCGGUGGAGAAGUGGAAGAACAGGAAAACACUCUCUCUCUCUCUCUCUCUUUUUCUUUCUCUUUCUUUCUUUUGUUUUUUUCCCCGCCGAGACGGAGCGGCAGCUAGAAGACAAAGCGAGGAUUACCCGUCACUGCGCUCCUCACUCGUCCCUUCUCUUCUUCUCCUGCCAAGGCAACUGCAGCCCCGGCAAUGGAGCACUCCCACAUGAAUCACAGCGCCAUGGCGAUGGACCACACCCACCAUCAUCACCCCGCACCGCAAGCCCCGCCCACCGUGGCGGCCGCCGGCCACGCCCACGGAGCCGCAGGGCAUGACGAUCGCUGUGGAGGCCAUGGAGACCAUGGAGGAAUGCGGAUGACGUUCUACUUCGGCGUGGAGAACGUGGAGCUGCUGUUCACCGGGCUGCUCAUCAACUCGCCCGGCGAGAUGGUGGGCGCCUGCAUCGGCGUCUUCCUGUUGGCCAUUUUCUACGAGGGGCUGAAGAUCGGGCGCGAGGCGCUGCUGCGCCGCAACCAGGUCAACAUCCGCUACAACUCCAUGCCGCUCCCAGGGGCUGAUGGGACGGUGCUGAUGGAGACGCACAAGACCGUCGGGCAGCGGAUGUUAAGCCCCGCCCACUUCCUGCAGACGCUGCUGCACAUCAUCCAGGUGGUGGUCAGCUACUUCCUCAUGCUCGUCUUCAUGACCUACAACGCCUACCUGUGCAUCGCUGUGGCGGCGGGCGCCGGCGCCGGCUACUUCCUGUUCAGCUGGCGCAAGGCGGUGGUGGUGGACAUCACCGAGCACUGCCACUAGCCAAUCAGGAGGCAGGAUCACGCUGACAUCACUAAUACCCACCAAUGUAGAGUUACUAACAAUGUUAGCUAGACACUUUCUUUUAGCUGCUAACAUGCUAGCCACACCGCUAUGGUUACCAUGGUAACGGGUUAGCAAGAACAUGCACAAGCAUAUAAGACUACAAAUCCCACAAUCCCUCUUUGCGAUGGACUACAAUCAUGAUUUUUGUGAGAUUAGCUUAUUGUUGUUUUUUUUCCCCCUUAUCCACCCGCUUCCUGUCAGCCAAUCAGAGCCCAGGCAGCGUCUGAUUGGCUCAGGCGGCGCCGCUCCUCGUGACAUCACAAGUGGAUUUUGGCAUGUGCCGAAAACUGACAACUGACCCGUCAAUCAAAUCAAUCACCUGAUCAUCAAACCGAUUUCCAUUACAGUUCUGACUAAAAAAAAAAAACACAAAAAAUCACGUAAAUAUUUUCACUUCCUGUUUUCUGCCUUAAACACCCCGCCUUUUGCCUUAACGCCGCAGCUAGCCUGUAGCUAGCUAGCCGGGACAAGCUAAUGAGGGAAGUGAAGGCCAGUACCAGCGCCGUUCCGGGUUUUCUUCUUUGGUGGUGCUGAAACUGCACCGGCCGAAACACCAACACCUGCUGAAGUUUUUUACGUUUUCAGAAAUGAGUCGCGUGGCGUGGCGUCGCGUCACAUUACGUUAUGUGGCGUGGCGUGGCGUGGCGUCGCGUCAUGUGGCGUGGCGUGGUGUCAUGUGGCGACGCCACGCCACAUGCCACGUGGCUCUGUGUUCAUUCUGCCUCAAGGUGGAUGUUUGUUUGUUUCUGUGUCUUAAGAACAGCAGACACACUGGGAAACCUGGGCUCGUUUUUGCGUUUCUUUUUGUUUCUUUUCACUGAAAGUCAAACUUGAAAAAAUGUUUUUUGUCUGUCUGUCUGUCUGCCUGCCUGUUUGUCUGGUUGUGAUUAAUUGUGAUUAUUUUUUGAUGUUUUCGAUUCACCCCGAGAAGAGGGCGGAGCUUGCUGAACAGACCAAUCAGGUCGCAGGGAGACGGCUCACAUGGGACAGGAUGUAGUUUUUAAAAUACAUCCAAAAGAACCAUUUUUAAAAAUCUGAUUUCAUGAUUUCAUGAAUAUGUUUGCAGAUUCCAUUUUUCAUGUUUAUUGUGUUCAGCUGAAGUGAAGCUCAGCAACAAACUUUCAGUGUUUUUCUGUUUUUAUGUCAGAAAAUGCUGCUUUAUUUUGUAGGGUUAAUUUUUUAUUUUUAUUUUAAUUUGAAAAAUUUUUUGACAGCCAUCAUGUUUUUGUUUUUUUUCCUGGUGUAGCUGUUCUUUUCACAAUAAAACUAUCUCCUUUCUCAAUAAAAGUCUCCUGUCACAGUAAAAAUACUGUUUCUAAAUAAAAGCCUCGUUUCUCGUUAACAGGGCGUUUUCUCGUUAAGGGGCCAAAGCUAACGAGCUCGUCUCCGCCUUCACGGUGUGAAUGGGAAGCUGUUAACGUGUGUGAUGAUGUGAUGAUGUCGUGAUGAUGUCGUGAUGAUGUCAGUCUGUGAAGGAAAGUGUUUGACCAAUAAAGAAAAUAUGUAGAAAAAAUGGGGAAAGUGAACUGUUGUGAUGCUGCAGGAGUCGAGAAACACAAAGACAAAUAAAGUUUUGAAGGACA